GCAGUGUUUCAGUUGAAAGUGAACCCUUCGACGCAGUUGACACGAAUCGCGCGCGACUCGCUCUUAGUGUUUUCCAGCAGGAGCAGAAAUCCUCAAGCUGAAGCCAAAGGCCCAGCAGGACAUCAGCUGUGCCAGCAAAACGGAUUCUAGCUGCAGGAUAAUGGUUAUUUGUGCAGUGUGCUAACUAAAACCGAGCAGUUCCAGACUGCGACUAACUAAAACGAGCCAAGUGAAUAAACUCAGCGAAUAAGAUAUAAAAGUGCGAGCUUUAAGGAUAAUAAAACCGAAAACGAUCGUUCGCCACACGAGUUGCAGUGGCGCUGGCCCAGAUAUACGGCAAAUAUAAAUUUUCACUUGGACAAGCGGCAGGCAAACAGUGAUAAUUAGUUUGUUCGGUCCAACAACGAAUCGCUGUGCAAUUGAAAUUAAUUAGAAAAUAUUUCGCGCAACAAAGCCGCAAUUUGUCAAGGGAAACAUUUGGAACUUGCGGUCCUUCGCUCGAUUUCUAAUUAGAAAGCUGGAAAAAACUGCACAGCUGGAAAUUAAACAAAGUGGCAAAGCGACUAUGCAAAGUAUGUUGGCGCUUAACCGAAUGAAAACUUAAAACGGCAAAGGUAAAAAAUUAAAAAAAACAAUAAAAACCGAAACAGCACUUUGCAACUCGACAGCUGCAGUAAAUUUAAUAACAAAGCCGGCAAAAAUAGAGGAGAGCUCCGGAACCUAAAAACUCCACAUCAUACGCGCCGAGCGCGAAACAAUGAAAAUAAUUUCGCGUAGCAUACGUAGCGGCGCCUUGGCCCCGCCCACCGCUGCCACCGCCACCGCCCCCGCCAGCGGCAGCCGCAUCAGGAAAAGCAGCCAGCGACGCCACCGCGCUCCGCUCCAAAUGAAUUGCCCCAUUCUGAUUGUAAUUAGCCUCGGAUGGCUGCUGCACGCGCACGCCGGAAGCGGCGGGUUCGCCGUCGAGGCCGCCAUUUCAAAUCGAGGCAGCAACAGCCGCUCGAUGAGCAACGUGCAACAGUCGGCGGUGGCACCCUCCACGCACACCGCCACCCUGCCCCGCUUCCUGUCCAGAGGACACACCUACCGCGCCGUCGUCGGGGACACGCUCGUCCUGCCCUGCCAGGUGGAGAAUCUGGGCAAUUUCGUCCUUCUGUGGCGACGAGGAACAAAUGUGCUCACUGCCUCCAACAUUAUGGUUACAAGGGAUGAGCGCGUAAGACUGAUAGAUGGUUAUAAUUUAGAGAUAUCCGAUUUGGAGCCUCAAGAUGCCGGGGAUUAUGUUUGUCAAAUCAGUGACAAAAUAAAUCGUGAUCAAGUGCACACAGUUGAGAUAUUGGUUCCGCCCAGUGUACGGGCCAUACCCACAUCCGGACAACUGCAGGCCCGCAAAGGAGGACCCAUUACGCUGGAGUGCAAGGGAUCUGGUAAUCCGGUGCCAUCCAUUUACUGGACCAAGAAGAGCGGCGCGAACAAGUCGACGGCCAGGAUCGGAGACGGACCCAUUCUGACCCUGGAGAAGCUGGAGCGCCAGCAGGCGGGAGUCUACCAGUGCACCGCCGACAACGGAGUGGGAGAUCCGGUCACCGUCGACAUGCGGCUGGAUGUGUUGUAUCCCCCGGAUAUACAAGUGGAGAAAUCCUGGAUACACUCGGGCGAAGGAUUCGAGGCGAAGCUCGUUUGCAUUGUUUUCGCUGAUCCAGUCGCAACGGUGUCCUGGUACCAAAACUCAUUUCCGAUCCAAUCGACGGACAGGCGCAUCAUGGCCACCAGAGCCAACCGGCACAUGCUCACCAUCCGCCACAUCCAGCAGGAGGACUUUGGCAACUACAGCUGCGUGGCGGACAAUUCGCUGGGACGCUCCCGCAAAUACAUGGAGCUCUCCGGACGCCCCGGAGCCGCCGAGUUCUAUUCGCCCAAGUGGGGUCAUUCGCCGGACAGCUACAAUCUGACCUGGAAAAUCGAUAGCUACCCGCCGCUGGAGGAGGUCCGCCUACUUUACCGUCGAGUGCAGAUGAAUGAGACGUACCAGCAGCCGGGCAGGUGGCACGACUUCAUCCUCACCCCGGAGCACCGACCGGCCUCGGAGCCCCUCACACACAUCAUGUCCUACACCAUCAAGAAUCUGCAUCCGGGCGGCUACUACGAGGCAAUUGUGCAGGCCAAGAAUCGCUACGGCUGGAACGAGGUCAGCGAUAUAUUUCAAUUUGUCGUCGCCAACAACAGCCAGGACCUCGGCCCCGAGGACGCCGAGGUGGUGGCCAGCUCCAAGUCGCGCAGCAAUAGUGCCUCCAUGGGCAGCCUGCCGGGAUCCAGGGUGCUGCACACGGCGCUUCUUCUGGCCCUGGCCUUGAGUAAUUGUCAGUUCGACAGACGCCGACUGGGCCUGGGAUAAGCGGUUCAGGCGGCAGACGAUCGGGAUCAGGAUCGAAACCAGGAGCAGCACAAGACAAGGGGAAUCACUCGCACUUGGAGGAGGAAGUGGCCGGGGCAGGACGGAAACAAGCAGUGUAUAGAAAUCCAGGGGAGGAAUAGAAGAUUUUAUUGUACACCUACCCCGUCAGCCCAGAGAGCAAGUGAAUCCAGCCCUACACUAAGCAACAAAGACGCGGAGAGAUGGCAAACCCACAAGCUGAACGAAAAACCCAUGUAAAUAAUUUUUCAAGAGUUUUGUCCACGAUUAAAUUAGCACACACCCCAUCACACACAUACAGCCGGAAAAUGGUUAAUGGAAAUUGCAAUUGGAGAAGGCAAAUCCACCAUCCAAAGCCCACCCCCAGUUCCAUCCCCAUGGUAGAAUAAGUCGAACUAGGUCAUGUAAAUAAGCAUUAGAUAUCUGAAUGUGAACUGCAUUUUACUUCAUAAAUGUUGGGCUGAUGUGCAGGAUGUGUAUGUAAAUUAAGCAAACAUUAUAUAGUGAUAUUAUUUAGUUUCGAGCGAAACCAUAAAUAACAAAAUAUUGGCGAUGAAAUAAAACAGAGAAGCCACACACCGCAAAAUGUUAGUAUGUAAAGUAUUUGCCACGUUUCCGUUUUGAAUUCGAAUUCGAAUUCGCAUUCACAUUCACAUUCGAGAUCGAGUUCAUUUCAGUUCUAUUGCCACUUUUUCGAUUGCAGCUGUAGUCUUAUUUUAGCCAGUAAGCGCACCCAUAACCAAAAGGAUAACAACGUAACAGCAAUUCAAUGUAAUGUUUUUCGAUGUAAAUUAGAGUUUAAGCAACGUGUUGUACCACCAAAAGAAAGGCGAAAGGUCGAAAUAUAGCGACGCAAACUAGCUAAUCCCCCACUCAAAAUCGGAAUCUGAAUCUGAAUCGAAAUCGGAAUAUUAUUCGGAGUAUUUGAAUGUGAAUCUUGCAUACAUAUUAGUAGUCACUCGCGAAUGUCACGAGCGUCGACCUGUAAAUAUACAUAAAUACGUGAAUAAUAUUGAGUGUUGCGAACCCAGCAGGCAUUUUAUCAGCUUUUGCACCUUUCCAAUUGUACGAUCCGCAUCCGUACUGUUUCAUUUAGGGCACACAAUAGAGGUCAAGGGUCACUUGUAUAUUUGAUGGGCCGCGGCCUGCAGCUCGAACUCGUACACAACCUUCUGUACUUAGCAUGUCGAUCGAACGAGGCCAAAACCAAAACCGAAACCGAAACCGAAAUCGAAUUGAAAACCAAGUAAAAGCGUUACAAUUUAUCUACAUAAAUGUGUAUGUGUGUGUACCUUACUUAGCCAGUUGAGUGCAGGAUGCAGGACGAAUCGGAGGCGUUACUACAGAUUACAUAGUUGCGGAGGGUUCCGAAAAGGAUCCACUCCGAACCUAAAUACCAGUAUAAUUCAGAUUAAACAGAUAUAGCUAAGCACGCGACCGGUACGUGUUCAUAAAAAGUGAAUUCAUUAAUUACUAACUACAUAGUACGAUGCUAAUUGUAUGAUUAAUGCGCAUAAGAACCCUAAAAUAUUCAAAAUAAAAUAAAG